AUGUCAGAUUCAUUUGAUCGAUCCUUUGAAAGACGAGGCACUGAUCCAAGUGUUCCUCAUACUACAACCGCCGCAAAUGAUUCCCUUGAGGAUCAGACACUUCUCUUACUUGCCCGUUUAACCGAAGGUGGACAAGAGGAUGAAGAUACAUGCAGGGAGUUAAACACUCUCACCAAAUUACUCACUGAUGAUUCUUCCGAGGCAACAAGAUCAAAUGAGCCACAUAAACCUCUUUUUCAAUUGGUCGAUCAGGAUAUCCUGGAAACUAUUUUGGGAUACCUUGAUAUGAGGCAAUCUCCGUCAGCUCGAGGUCACGCGACAUUAACUACAUCUGCAUAUCUCAAAGCUUCGGAGCAGCAGGGCGUUGACUACCUUUCCCAUUUCUUUUAUGAUCGUGUAGCCAAAGGCACAUAUGAUGAUUUGAUUCUUGCAUUUUCCGUUGCGGCAUCGAUAUUCCCCAUCGUUCCAGAUGUCAUUGCUUCAUUCUUCCUUAGUGAAGGUUUCAUUCCUAGUCUUGGUGCAUUGAUGAAGAGGAAAUGGAAGAGUCGAAAGGUUGAACAGGCUGCUCUCGAGCUGCUCAGUGCUGCGUGUAUGAACACUCCUUGUCGAGAAGCUAUCCAGAAGCAUUGUACAAAGUGGCUUGAGGAGAUUGUCAACAAUGCUCCACCUAAAGUUUCCGAAAUCUCCUCGUCAGAUCUUGACAGCAACGCGGAAGAUGGCUCCAUACAGCAGAGGAUACAUUCCGAGCAAGUCAGAAAUCUUGCAGCUGUUGUCCUGGCCAAAAUUCAGGCUAUCCCUUCAACACCAAACGCCGAAUCCGGAGAACGAAAUCAGCCUGCCAGUACAACUAUUGAGGAUCUUUCAGACAUGUUUAAAAAAAUGCUUUCUACGGAUACCUCUCAGCAAAGUUCGAUCGAAGGUCUUGCUUAUGCUUCGCUACAACCCAAAGUCAAGGAGAAGUUGGCUUCAGAUGAAGAGUUUUUGGUCAACCUUAUUAAAGCUUUGAACGAUGCCCCACCCAAAUCACCAGCAACAUAUGGAGCACUUACCAUCCUUGCUAAUCUUACCAACUAUCAGCCUCCCUUAACAGAAGAACAAAAGAAGUUAGGUCAACUCAAAGCUUAUGCCAAUGCUUCGAAAUCCGCACUCAAACCGGAUCCUCUCAAUGACGAUGAUCACGUUGCUAAGCGAUGUCAACAUGUAUUCGAAGCCGGGGUUAUACCUGUUCUCGUCACCCAUAGUCAGCAUGGUUCAGUAGCUUCUCUUACUCUUGUCAUAUCUAUCAUCUUCUCACUGUCUAAAUCACCCAAAAUCCGGGGGCGGAUGGCUCAGCAAGGUGCCAUCAAACUUCUAAUACACGCGUAUACUAUCUUCCCCUCGGAUAAUGUACCAGCUCAAAGAACCACAGCUCAUGCUCUCGCUCGUAUCCUCAUAUCAACCAAUCCACAACAUGUAUUUGGUGGCACAAAUCCUUUGUCACUUGUUUCAGCCAUCAAACCUCUUCUGCUUCUCUUGGAGGAUGACCCAACAGUUGAACACCGCGAUCUCCUACCCGUCUUCGAAUCUCUUCUGGCUUUGACAAACCUCGCUUCGACGGACGACUCGGCCCGUAACCCAAUCAUACGCCUGGCUUGGUCUCGGAUUGAGGAACUACUUUUGUCCAACAACAAGAUGGUGACUCGUGCAACAGUGGAGCUUAUUUGUAACCUUAUGCAAUCCCCUCAAGGAGUCGCGAAAUUUGCAGAUGGUAGCAAACAAGCUUCGCAUCGUACGCAUAUUCUAUUAGCAUUAGCCGAUGCCGAGGACUUCGCCACACGAAGAGCCGCAGGAGGAGCAUUAGCAAGUCUUACGGAAUGGGAUAGUGCCGUGAAUGCUAUUCUAGAGAGGGACAGGGGAGUGGCUCUUUUAUUAGGAAUGUGUAAUGAGGAUGAGGAAGAGAUGAGGCAUAGAGGUGUAACUUGCAUACUCAAUGUAUUGACAGCACCCAACAAAGUCGGAGAAUGGGGAUUAGAAAAGGUUAAGGAGAAUGGUGGAUUGGAGGCUCUCAAGGAAUGCUUGAAAAAAUCGAGAAGUCAGGAAGUGUUGGAGAUUACGGUGGAGGCAUUGAAAAAGCUGAUAGGGGAUGAGAAACCUGGUAAACUUUUGGAGGGUUGA